AAGCAGUCUAGCGCGUCGGAUGUCGGGGCGCUCGUUUUUCCACACACAUUUCCCAAUCUCUCAAGCGAAUUUGACAUCAACGAACUUCGAACCUGGUGAUUGGAGCAACAUUCUUCUUUCUGCACAUCGCACACGACGCAGAAAUGAAGUGUAAGUUUGACGAUGUAUCGAUUGCAUGAGGAAAAUUGCUAACGCCGUGCGAUAGUCAUGAAAGUUGGCCGUGUGGCCAUUGUCACAAGAGGACGAUAUGCCGGCAAGAAGGUCGUGAUCAUCCAGCCCCAAGACUCAGGCAACAAGUCCCACCCCUUCCCGCACGCCCUCGUCGCCGGCAUCGAGCGCUACCCAUCCAAAGUCACCCGCCGCAUGUCCGCUGCCCGCGUCACCCGCCGCUCCAAGGUCAAGCCGUUCAUCAAGGUCAUCAACUACAACCACCUGAUGCCGACCCGUUACACCCUGGACCUCGAGGGCCUGAAGGGCGCCGUCAACAACGACACGUUCAAGGAGGUGAGCCAACGGGAGGAGGCAAAGAAGAACAUCAAGAAGACGUUGGAGGAGCGGUACCAGAGUGGGAAGAACCGGUGGUUCUUCACUGCGUUGCGGUUCUAAAGGAUUCGAUAAGGAUUUCCUUUCAUCAUGGGCGUGGAACGGCUGGCAUUACUGCGAUCAUCGGGUCUGCUUUCACGAAAAAUAUGCAUUAUGUAGCUGGUUGAAAUGCACAUGAACUGGCGAAGCAUCCGUGUCUGAGCGCCAGAUGAAUCAAUGCUGCAGGUC